UAUUGUGCAGGAUGGCGUGGUGGCAGUCGAGCGGCUACAGAUCCCGCUGCCUGCCGUCUGUGGAGAGUGAGGAAGAGGAGGAGGAGGAGGAAGAGGAAGAUGACGGCAGCGUUUCCUCCACAGACUCUGACAGCUCGGCCAUCCGUUACGUCCUCGGAGACGUCACCCAUCCUCAAGCCGCUCAGGGAGACGCCAUCAUCGUGCACUGUGUCGAUGACUCGGGGCGAUGGGGUCGAGGCGGCUUGUUCACGGCUCUGGAGGUGAGGUCGGAUGAACCCAGGAAACACUACGAGCUGGCCGGCCAGAUGAAAGAUUUGGACCUGGGGAAUGUGCUGCUCUUCCCCGUCGACGACAAACAGUCACGACUAGACGGCCAGGAUCAGCUGGCUCUGAUCGUGGCGCAGCAGAGAGACGGAAACAACAAACUGUCGGCCAUCUUCCUCUCCGCUCUGGACGAAGGACUGAAGAAGAUCUACGCUGUGGCAAAAAGACUCAAGGGUACCAACAAGCCCUCAAUGCUUCAGUUUUUUUUUUGUGUAUUUUUUAUACUCUUUUUGGG